AUGUCAGAUCCCAGGUCACCGCAUCUCAAGAAGCGCGAUACCCCUCCAUGGGGCUUAUACCAACGCGAGAACUUUUGGAAACUCAAUGACGGAGAGGUUCCACCAUUUAACACGCAUCCUGAUAAGCUUCAAGAACUCGCUAAGAAGAAGCUCACUGAAAAUGGCUGGCUCUACGCAUCCUCCAACGCAGGCCUUUCAGAUACACAUGUUGCGAACCGCCAAGCUUUCUUCCGACAUAAGAUCGUCCCUCGUCAGCUUGUAGACACCAAUGAACGAUCUACUAGAACUACCAUCUUCGGCCAUGAGGUCUCUGCACCGUUUGGAAUUGCUCCUAUUGGAAUCAACAAGAUUUAUCAUCCACAGGGCGAGCUUCCUGUUGCUCAGGUCGCUGGUGAGCUUGGUAUUCCUUACAGUCUCUCAACUGCUGGCUCGUGUCCGAUUGAAGACGUCGCUGAAGCAAAUGAUGCUGGUCGAAAGAUUGCACAGAACAGUGAAGAAAGUCAUCGCAUCCCUGAGGGUCCCCGCUUCUUCCAGCUCUACAUGCCACAUGAUGACGAGCUCACCUUAUCACUACUGAAGCGAGCUCAUGAAUCAGGGUUCUCUGCAUAUCCCGUCUUCCAGAAACGCUUAGCCGAACAUGGCAUCGAUCCGAAGAAGCAGCCCGCUGAAGCCGGGGCAUUCUGGAUCGAUAAUGUCUGGCACGGUCGUGCAUGGUCUUGGGAAAAGGCAGUCUGGGCACGAGAGAAAUGGCAAGAGAUCAGCGGCGGAAAGCCAUUUUUGAUCAAGGGCAUUCAGCACGUCGAUGACGCUGAGAUGGCAGCUGAUCUUGGUUUCGAGGGUAUCGUUGUCAGCAAUCACGCUGGCCGACAAGUUGAUGGGGCCAUCGGAAGUCUUGAUGCUCUAGGGCAGAUCGCUGACAGGGUUGGGGAUCGUAUCGUUGUGACAUUCGAUAGCGGUGUUAGAGGAGCAGCUGAUAUUGUCAAGGCUCUUGCUCUGGGUGCCAAGUUUGUCUUUAUAGGUAGACUCUGGAUCUGGGGACUUAGUAUCAUGGGCGAGCAUGGAGUUAGGCACGUGUUGAAGGGGCUGCUAGCUGAUCUGGAUAUUCUUAUGAACGUCGUGGGGCUGAACAAGGUUGAGGAUAUUGAUAAGAGUUUUAUACAAUCUCAGCCUAUAAGCUGGAAGAGCAUGCUAUAA